AAAAAAAACCCCACAUCUACUACGUCCCUUCAGUUUCCUAAUUGAUUGUAGACUACACGGAUCUCAGAUAGGUGUCCAGUAGAAGACGGCUGAUUGUUUCUGUGAUACUGAAAGUCAACAAAUAAAAUAAACGCAGCACGGCUAUGGCAAAAGGAGAGGGAGCUGAACAAUACUCCAACGCCAGUUUAUUGAAUAAACCGGUCAGCUCGGAUGGCAUCAAGCUCGCUGGGAAGCGUGAGUCGAGGAACAGGCUGUCAAUCUGCAAUAAGCUGUGCUAUGCCGUCGGCGGAGCGCCCUACCAGAUCACAGGAUGUGCUCUGGGCUUCUUUCUUCAAAUCUAUCUGCUGGAUGUAGCUCAGUUGGAUCCCUUCUAUGCCUCCAUCAUCCUGUUCGUUGGCCGGGCCUGGGAUGCCAUAACAGACCCCACGGUGGGCUUCCUGGUCUCCCGAAGCCCAUGGACACGCUUCGGACGCAUGUUGCCCUGGAUCCUGCUUUCCACCCCUCUCGCUGUGCUGUCCUAUUUCCUCAUAUGGUACGUCCCCCCGUUUGAGGACGGCAAGGUCAUCUGGUACCUGGUGUUCUACUGCCUCUUCCAGACCCUUCAAACUUGCUUCCAUGUGCCCUACUCUGCCCUCACCAUGUUUAUCAGCUCAGAGCAGAAAGAGAGAGAUUCAGCCACCGCAUACAGGAUGACGGUGGAGGUUCUGGGCACCGUGAUUGGCACAGCCGUCCAGGGGCAGAUCGUGGGCAUGGCCAACGCGCCCUGCGUCCCCGUACCCAGUGACAUCACGGACAAGCUGGGCAACUCCUCUGCAUCGCUGCCCACCGCUGGUCCUGAAAUCAACACCAGCGAGCCUGCCAUUUCCCUGGAGCACACGAGAGCAGCCUACAUGAUUGCCUCAGGUGUCAUCUGCGCCAUCUACAUCCUCUGUGCUGUUGUGCUCUUCUUUGGUGUGAGAGAGCAGAAAGAUUCCUGUCGCCCCAGGUCAGAGCCGAUGUCUUUCUUCCAGGGCAUUAGGCUGGUGAUGGGACACGGACCCUACGCCAAACUGGUCACGGGCUUCCUCUUCACCUCUCUGGCUUUCAUGCUCCUGGAGGGAAACUUUGCUCUGUUCUGCAGCUACACGCUGGGCUUCAGAAAUGACUUCCAGAACAUUCUACUGGUCAUCAUGCUCUCCGCCACUCUGGCCAUCCCCUUCUGGCAGUGGUUUCUGACUCGCUUUGGGAAGAAGACAGCGGUUUACGUUGGCACCACGUCUGUGGUUCCCUUUAUGAUCCUAGUGGUGUGUGUGAAGAGCAACUUGAUUGUCACCUACUUCGUCUCCUUUGCCGCCGGGGUUGGAGUGGCUGCAGCCUUCCUGCUGCCUUGGUCUAUGCUUCCUGAUGUGGUUGACGACUUCAAGGUGCAGAACCCAGACUCCACCGGCCACGAGGCCAUUUUCUACUCCUUCUACGUCUUCUUCACCAAAUUCGCCUCGGGAGUUUCCCUCGGCAUCUCCACUCUCAGUUUAGACUUUGCAGGCUACAUCACGCGAGGCUGCUCUCAGCCAGAGGAGGUGGAUUUAACCCUGAAACUGCUGGUCUCCGCUGCACCCAUCGUUCUCAUCCUGGUCGGCCUGCUCAUAUUCAUCUCUUAUCCGAUCAACGAGGAGGUUAGGCAAGGCAACCGCAAACUGCUACAGGAACAGAGGGACAGCGAAGCAGACUCUGAAACAGACUCUACAGAACUGGCCAACAUGGUCUAGGACAUUUGGGAAAAAAAAAAACAAAAAAACAAAACAAAACAAAAAAACAUGGACCAAUUGGGUGACCAACUUCCAUUUGCACUGGGCGGGACCAAUGGACCCGGGCCUGUCAUAUUACAGAGACACUGCCUCAUCCUUUUCACUUGCUGCUCCUCCACCUCUCCAGAACCUCUUCAACUAGACAAUGUCAUGGCGUCAGCCACAGCGAGGCCUUUCUCCUAAUAACUACCCUAACGUCUGAAUUUCUGAUGAAUUUUCCCACAUUGUAAUGAACUCACCUUUUUGUUACUUUAAUUUUUUAAAAAGAUUGGCCUUGUUUUUGGCUAAAGUUGCACAAACUCUUGAAAUGUGACGAGCACAGUGGGCCUGUUUGGUGGUUGCUGCAGUUAUUGGUGCUACUUGCUAGAGCUGAGCAGUUUCCCUCCCGGUGGACUUGAAAAUUCAUGACCCUGAGUGCUGCACUACAACACCUGCAUCCCAGUGAUGUAAACACCAUGAGAAACUUGAACAAACAGUGGCUACAUCUUCAUUUUCAGGGCUGCUUUUGGUUUCCAGACGUUUCAAAAACUCUAGAGAUUAUUAAUACAACAGUCUGUAAAAGGACUUCAGAUAUACUAUAUUUGCAUUAAAUGAGACCGACUGGUCUUCACAAAAGCAUUUUUUUUUCUUGUUCAGCAUUAAGUUAUUGCCCUGUUUGGAACACCUUCAAAUGUUAGUUCUCAUUUGCACAUUUUUUUUAAUAAGUUCUGCUCACGUUUACUUUACUGAAACCAGUCGGCCACAUUGUUUCCAUCCCAUUCUAUCCCAUCCCGCUGGCUUUGCUCAGAAGAUACAAUAACGAUCUGAUGUGAAAGCAGUUGUUGAACUGUAAAAGCUGUGUUUUUCCUCCUCACCGUCGUACUGAAACCACUAAAGCAGCAGAGCAGUUGAUUUCACAGUUAACUGUUAUGUUAAUCCAGCAAUUACAUGAUUUACAUGACAUUAUCUGUAGCACAGCUACUGUAGACCAUAGAGAGACUGUUUUCUCUAAAUUGCUAUUCAUGUAUUGAGCAAAAGUUGUGACUACAACCAGUACUAGUAACACCAUUAUUUAAGUAUUUAUUUGUUUUAAAUCUAGUAUUUUUUGGUUGCUGGAAGGUUGUGCUUCUUUGAGUAUUUAAAUCUAUUUAAGGCCUUACAGCUUGUUGUGCCAGCUGAAUGAGAUUUGAGUGAAGUAUAUUUCAAAAGGCAAACAUGGGGGGAUAAGAUGUGUAUUAAUGGUUAGGCCCCAAAGAGCGAGAGUCAGUUUAAAAAAAAAAAAAAAAAAAGACAAACAUAAUUGAUAUAAUAUUGCAUGUUGCUACUGCUAUAGCUGAUGCUACUGUU